AUGCUACUCCCGUCAGCCUUCCCGUGCGACGGGGCUGUGAUUCAAGACUCGAUACCUCAGAGACCCAAGCUACAGUCAUUCGGCGCAUAUACGCCACGGCAACAUUCUACACACCAUGCGCGCCCCGGUCCGUUGUCGUCGAGUUGUCGCGCCCUUCAAGUAAUUCUAGGCACUCCUGCGACCACGUCACAAUCAGCCCCGAGCCUGCCGCAUGAACUGAGCGAUCCUUUCAUGCUGCCAAAACAAGAACACCGUGUUGCAGCUCCGUCCAUCCAGCGACAGUCGCACAUGAGCACGAACAAAAGACGGCGCAGCGAAUUCGAGCGAGACCUGUUCGCAGCAUCGGAACCGUCAGAUGUCCCUAUGCACGAUUGUCCACAGACACCUCGAGCAGUUCGCACACCCAAAAGGCGACGGCGCAUACCCUUGUCUAUGCCAAUGGGCUUGUCCGCCGACGACUUCCGCGCCCUUGAGACUCCGCCCGAGGAAAAGGAAGGAGAGCUCGAGAUGCCCAUCAUAAGCCCCCAACAUCAGUCCGACCAAGAUUCCGCCUACGGAUCCUCUCCGUCGAUAGAAGAGUCCGAGUGGACGAUUGAGGAUGACCGAAUGCUGGUCGAGACGGUCCUUGAAAAGCUCAAGUUAUCCAAACGAGAUUGGAAUGAUUGUGCGAGGAUAUUGGGCAAAGAUAGGGACACUCUAGGAAGAAGAUGGAGCAUGUUGGUUGGGGAGGGAAAUGUCGGCCUCAGGAGAGGAGGCAGGAUCUCAAGAACGAGCUUGGACAUCUCAAGUUGGUGA